GUUGAAGCUCUACCAUGUUCUUCUCUACAUCUUGACCACUGGAACGCAAAUUACAAACCUCGUAGCUCUGAAUAUAGUACCAGCGACUCAUUAAAUCAUGUCUGAAUCACUCGCAGAUUAUCUAGUGUCUCAACAACACCUCCUACAAGAAGCUUCUGAAGCCCUCCCUCACCAGUUUUCCAAGUGUACUUAUUCACUUGGUCAUAUCAGGCAAGCGGUUUAUCUCUGCGAAACCUGUCCAGAGUCCCGAGGUAUUUGCUCUGCUUGUUCAAUUGCCUGUCAUACGGAUCAUGAACAAACUGAAUUAUUUCCCAAACGGAACUUUCGUUGCGAUUGCCCGACCGAGGGGACCACUCACCCAUGUUCUUUACACAACAACUUGGAACCUGUGAACACGGAGAAUCUCUACGGACAGAACUUUCAGGCGCUCUUCUGUCGGUGUCAAAGGCCAUACGAUGCCCAAACCGAACGAGAAACUAUGAUACAGUGCCUUGCGUGCGAAGAUUGGUUUCAUGAAUCCUGCUGUAAUCUCAGGGAUCGACCCGCUCCUCGCGAGCAAACCCCAGAAGAAAAUGACCAAUAUCAGGUCAAUGAGAACGAGAACGAAACCCGCUCGGAAGCAUCGUCCUCAGGGCUACCGCCACCUCUCCUUGAGGCCUCCGACUAUGAUGCAUUUAUAUGUGGCUCAUGUGUCUCGAAAAACUCUGUCUUGCAGCGUUAUGCAGGGUCUGCGGGUUGCCUAAUCGUUACACGAGACAGUUCAUCAAGUCCUUGGAAAUUGUAUCCGGAGAAGGAUGCGGUCGACAACCUUUCUCGGUCGGAAAAUACCAAUUGUUCUCAGAAAAGGCGGAGUUCUCCAACUGGUUUCAGUGAGCGUAAUGCAAAACGACAGCGUGUAUCCCCGUCCUCGUCCUCGUCCUCGUCGGAACCAUGUCUUGCCCCCUCCUCUUCUCACCAGAGCGAUAAGAUCUACACGGGAAUAAGGGAUAGUGAGCACUUGGCUACCUUGGGCACUGGGGACAUCUUCUUAACCGAGGGUUUUCGAGAUCGUUGGUGUCAGUGUUCUACGUGUCUUCCAUUGCUCAAAGCCAACCGAUACCUACUGGAAGAGGAGGAUACGUAUGAACCCCCCUCAGACCCUGACUCGGGCUUGUCGUUGGAGGAGUUGGGAAUGAGAGCGCUCUCUCGCCUUCCCAGAGACCGUGCAAUCGACGGUAUUCAUGCAUUCAACGCAAUGCGGGAGGAUCUCGUCCAGUUUUUACGUCCGUUUGCGCAAGAUGGAAAAGUUGUCAGCGACUCUGACGUCAAGACUUUCUUCGAAACGCUCAUGGAAAGGCACAGAGGUCAGAAUACAUAGUUGGUUGAAGGUU